AUGGACGAAGAAAAAAAUAUUUCCGAUCAGGAUAAAAUACCAGAGGAACUGCCUGGAACUUCUCAACCGGAUUAUGAUUCUGAUGGAGCGAGUAGUAGUUCUAGCGCAAACAGCGACAAUGCAGAAAAAUGUCCAAUCUGUUUAUUAUCAUUUGGUAGUCAGGAAAUCGCAAAACCUGCAGUUUGUCAGCAUGCAUUCUGCUUCCUGUGCAUUCAUGAAUGGUCAAAAGUAGUAAAGACUUGCCCAAUUGACAGAAAGGAGUUUAAGGAAAUUAUUGUUUUUGAGAAUUUCGACUCAAGCGUUCCAUUAAGGACCGUCGGAAUUGGCGAGCAAGUAAGCUUAAAGGAGUUCACAAAUGGCGAAAACGAGUAUACUCAAUGUGAGAUCUGUAGAAGUGCUGAACGAGAAGAUGUUAUGCUUUUGUGUGAUGGAUGCGAUAAAGGCUUUCAUAUGGACUGUUUGAAUCCACCUUUAUUGGAAAUUCCUGAAGAUAAUUGGUAUUGCAUCAAUUGCGAUGGAACUGACAGUGAAUCCGAAUCUGAGGAAGAAAGUGAAGAACAAGAAGCUGAUAUUGAUGAGAUCAACGACCUUCAAAAUGAAAUAGAGAUAGAAAUGGGUCAAUUGCCAUCAACUAGAUUAAGAAAUCGCCAACAACCACAAAUUAUUAGGACACUACAAAGCGAACGGAUUAGAAAUGCUAUAUUAGCACGCAGAACAUUGCGAUCAGCUGUGAUUGACAACAAUUUACAACCAUCAACAUCACAAGGUUUAAAUAGAAGAAGUUCAGUCCAAGCAAUACCUGCAAAAAAGCCAGUGAAGCGACGAAAAACAACACGCAGACGAAGAAGAGUGACUAAAGUCGUAGAAUAUGAAUUAAGAGAUGGACAGAAGUUUCCAGUUAAAACUACACGAACAGUUCGUAGAAAGAAAAGAAAAUCGAGGAAGACUAAAAAGGCUAGAAAAUCAUCAGGCAGACGUGUUUGUUCAAAAGCAACUUCAGCAUCAUCUUUCAAAAAUUCAAAUUCAAAUGUUUAUGAUUUACAAAAAGGCAGACAAUUAGCUGGUUUAAGUAAUUUUAACAUUUUUGAACCCACUAAUUUAUUGGAUUAUGUCCCAGACGACGAUGGAAUCGAUGAAUAUGAAGCUAUACAAAAUAGUUCAGGAAGUACAUUAACACAAUCCGUCGUAAAUUACACAAAUCCACUUCGUCGUCAAGCAUUGAUUAAAAAGCGUGUAAUUAACAAUUUUACAACGACAUCAAGUAGCGUAAAUAUCCUCGAUUCAAUCUUAAAUGAAGUGAGUCCAUUUGAUGCAGCAAUAUCAUCUAAUAAAUUGACUAAACAGGCUGGAAAUGAUAAAGCAAGGAAAUCUACAAAUGAUCAUCACGAAGCAUCGGCACAAAACAGUAAUAAUGAACCGAAAGAUCAACACAAUGAACAACAAGCUAUGAACAGUAAUUCAAGUGCUAAUUUAGAUGCUCAAAACACUGAUAAUCCAACAUCAUCAAAUAAUAAUGAUAGACAGGAGAAUACAAAUUUUGCUGAGAUUCACGAAAAUAUCGUGUCAAAUGAGAGAAAAUCACCACAAAAAAAGAAGAAACAAACAUUUGAUAUGUUUGGCGACUCACCAGUAAAUCAAGAAGAGGAUAUGCCAAACAACGCUGAAAUAUGUCCGAAUUUCUCAAUUUAUGGUUCAGUCAAUCGCAGUUCAGAUGAGAAUCUAUCACAGUCACAAGACUUGAUGAACGAAGAAAAUGUCGAUUUAGUUCAAAUGAGUGAUGGUGAGCAUAAUCCUUUAGAUGAUAUAGAGCCACCAGCAGUUAUAAGAAGUCAACCGGCGAGUCCCGAUUUAGAAAAUGACGUAAAUGAUGUAAAUGACCAAAUAAUUAUCGAAGAAAGAAGCUACACGCCGCCUAUAUUAACAAAAGAUAAUGAUAAAGUAGCUGAAGAAAAUGAAAAACGAAAGAGAGAUAAAGAGCACAAAAGGCAUAAACGACGAGAAUUGGAACGGUAUAAUGUGCGUGAAAGAUUUAAAGAGAAAUCGCCAAAAAGGAAUCGAGAUAGAUUUGGAAGGAACCGUACACGAAGUCGCACUCGAUCACGCGAGAGACUUGCUCGUAAGCAUAGUAAAAGCAACUCAAGAGACAGAGACAGAAUCAAGGAUCGUCAUAAAAAAUCCAAGACUCCUGAAAAACGGCGCAAAAGGUCAUAUUCGCGAAGCCUAUCAAAACGAGAUUCAAGCAAUGAGCGAAAACAGAAGCUUCAUAAGAGUAAGCAUAAGAAAUUUAGAAGAACUAGAAGCAGAUCUUUGACACCACAACAAAAUCGCUAUCGUGACAAAAGUCCGAGACGACGAGAACGAUCAACAAGUGAUAAAUCAAAGAAAAAGAAGCGUCCAAAUCGUAGUAAGGAAGAAAGAUCUACACAUACAAAGGAAGUGUUUACAUCAGGUCAAAAUAUUUUAGUAAGUGUGAAUUUUAAUAAUAAUAAUAAUCAAGAAGAAAAAAGAUCACGCUCAACGCAUUCAAAGAGCCAUGAAAAAUAUAAUGAGGAACCGAUUGUGGAUAUAACAGCAAAGAAGAAAAUUAAUGUGAGUUCAAAACCUGUUGCAAUAAUCGAUUUAGCACGGUCACCAUUCAGAGAAUUAACGCCAGAUUAUAAGAAAGAAAGCAAUGUGAUUGAAUUAAGUGAUAGUGAGGGCGAAAAGCAAGCACCAAAAUCUCCAGACUCGACCAAACUUUAUGAUCCAUUUGAUAUUCUUAAUUCUCCAUCCAAUGAAAAUGUAUCGAGUUCGCAAGCUACAACAACUACAUCGACUUUGAAAGCACUAAGUAAAAAUAGUAUAGAUUUUACCAACAAACUAGGACCUGCUAUAAUUAAAAGCCUCAAUCUUCCUCUAAUCACUAACAAUGAAGAAAAUUUGGUGUCAUCAAGUUCAUCUGUUAAUAACAUUUUUGAUAAAGUUUUUGCCGCGCCAGCACUUAAUAAAGUUGAAGUUCUUCAAAAUGAUGUCAUACAGAUUCCUCCUAAUAUGGCUAUAGAAUCACCUUAUUCUCCUGGCAACGAUUAUGAUGAUCAGCCUGAAGAUAAUAGUAUGGAAGUUACGGAUGAGACAAAGGCCAAUGAUAAACAAUCGGAAAAUAUUUUUAAUGAUUUGUUUGGAAGCUCAACUCCACCAUUCUUGGAAAAAGCUAAAAGCUCUAAGAAAUCUUCGUCAGAUCCUGAUAAGUAUUUAAAUAAGUUGAAGAGACAGGAACGAGUUGUGGAAGAAGUAAAGUUGGUAAUCAAGCCGUAUUAUGCAAAUAGGAAAAUUACUAAGGAACAAUACAAAGAAAUCAUGAGGAAAGCUGUUCCAAAGAUUUGUCACAACAAGUCAGGCGAAAUAAAUCCAGCCAAAAUUAAGCAUUUGAUUGACGGGUACGUAAAAAUGUACACCCACAAGAACAAGAAACGUGAGGUUGAGGAAAUAUUUUAG